CUGGAGUCAAAAGCCUAUAAAACCAAACCUCAAGUCCUCCCAAGGAAUAGCGUUUCUGCAACACAAAAAACAAAAGCCUCUCCAUUUCUUACCCCAUCACUAGUAGUACUAAUUUCUACAACACAAAAGCAGCAGCAACAACAGCGAUAUAGAUCUCUCUAUAGCUACCCUUUUUUAUUUUUCUUUUUAGAAUAUUAUGGGUAGGUCUCCUUGUUGCGAGAAGGCUCACACAAACAAAGGGGCAUGGACCAAAGAAGAAGAUGAUCGAUUGAUUGUAUAUAUAAGAGCUCAUGGUGAAGGGUGUUGGCGUUCUCUGCCUAAAGCUGCUGGUCUUCUAAGGUGUGGAAAAAGUUGCAGACUUCGAUGGAUCAAUUAUUUGAGGCCUGACCUUAAAAGAGGUAACUUCACUGAGGAAGAAGACGAAAUCAUCAUCAAACUCCAUAGCCUUCUUGGGAACAAAUGGUCCUUAAUUGCUGGGAGAUUGCCAGGAAGAACAGACAAUGAGAUUAAGAAUUAUUGGAACACACACAUAAGGAGGAAGCUUUUGAACAGAGGAAUUGAUCCUGCUACUCAUAGACCCACCAACGAAUCUCAAUCAGCAGCACAAGAAGCACAAUCAGUAGCAGAAGCAUCAACAACAACUACAACAAUUUCUUUUGCUGCUGAUAAAGAAGAAAAGUUAGAUCAAAAGAAGACAAGUGGUGGGUUAAUUUCUUGCAAAGAAGAGAAAAACCCAGUUGAAGAAAGAUGUCCUGAUUUGAAUUUGGAGCUUAAAAUCAGUCCUCCACACUAUACAGAGACUGAUCAGCCAGUGAAUUUUAAGACUGGAGGGAGGAGCAGUGCACCCUGUUUUGCUUGCAGUUUGGGGUUAAAGAACAGCAGAGACUGCAGCUGUAAUGGUGGAAUUGGGAGCAGUAGUGGCAGUAAUUUUAAUGGCUAUGAUUUCUUAGGAUUGAAAAGUGGGGUUUUGGACUUUAGAAGCUUGGAGAUGAAGUAAAAAAACAAAAAAACAAAAUCAAUGUAAGCUGAAACAGAGAGAAUGCAGAGUAAUGGUCUAAUUGAGAAACAGAGCAUCACCAUUUUCAUUUGUUUCAAAAAUUUUAAUUUCUCUGAUUUCUCUUUUUGGCUUCCCCUAAUUUGUAUGAUUAUUAAUUAUUGCAUAAUACAUAUAUAUACAUAACAUAUAGUAAUACA